ACAGCAAAGACGGUAUCUUGUCAAUAAGUUUUCUGGUAUUAAUAUUUAUUCUAAGGAUCUUUAUAAUGCAAUCCGACGUUACAAAACUCCUGCUGCCUCAAAAAUUAACCAAGAUGCCGCUCUGAUGCUUGAAUAUUUGAUUUCUAAGCAGCGUGAAGAUCCGAAUUAG